UAAAGUAAACUAGCUAGCUAAAGCUUACAUUAAUCAUUCGUUAUGAGUUUGUGUUCAGUUUUAAGCCUUAAAUAGUACUUGGCAGAGGUACUUUAAACCAAAUAUCUUCGUGUUUAUUUAAUGAAACGUUGGAGCUCCAAUUUUAACGCUUUACUUUAGUCGCAAACUGUUUAUUUCCUGUACGGUUGUUGCUAAUUGUAGCUAGCUUACCUGUAGUUCCGUGUAGGCCGGGACUUAUCUAACAAAUCUGCCCAAUCACAGCUGACCGAGUGGAAGUGGGUAAGCUAUACGUCCCCAUACAACAACGAAUGUCAGUCCAAGUUGUGUGGCGUGGAGAUCGAGCGAGUAAAGUUUUGUGGAGUAAAGUAUAACUUGGCUAGUUUUUACGAGCUAAACAUAACACCACGCGGCGACAGGAAGUGAUCGGAUCGAUACGGUAUGGAAAAAUAACUUUACAUUGUACGUUUGCGUGGGUUCAUAUGUGUCAGAACCGGCUGUGACACAAGACUGACUACCGCAAAUGCUAUAAGUAAUGUUUCUAGCAUGCCACGCAGGCAGGUAUCAUACUCAAAGAUAAGAAAAGUUAGCCAACAAGUCACAAGUCGGUCACGCACAAUGAUACUUUGACAUCACGGGUGGGUAAACGUGGAUUUCCUUAGUGAAAAAUCGGAAAAUGAUGAUGAAGGUUAGGAGAUACUUAAGGGGGAGUGGAAGGGUGCUGGCAUUCGUGUUCAUUGCUUCUGUCAUUUGGCUUCUGUUUGACAUGGCUGCACUGCGAAUUUCAAUAAACGAUGCGAACAGUCAGCUGUUAAAGGAGAGGGUGAUCAGAGAAAGAGAGAUUUACAAGCAGAAAUCCAAGGUGUCAGAGCUGAUGAAAGGGGGCUUUAAACACCCGGUGCAAAAGGUCGAUCUGGGGGUCACUCCAGCCGAGAAAGGGGCUCUCGAUUCGGACAUCAAGGUGGCACAAGUGUACAGACAUGGAGGGAGGAAGCAAGGAGACAAACCACGAAGGAUGCAACAAGGAGACACUCUGCUCAAUAAAUCUGUUAUAUCCAAAGAUAAUGAUGGAGCUGACCCUUAUCAUGUCAAAUCUGAAGAACAUAAUGAUACACCAGCCAAAAAACCAGUCAACUUGGAUCUGAAUGGAGACUCAAAAAAUAGUAAAAUGCUGAAUGUAUCCAAAAAAGUGACAUUACCUCCAGUGGUGUCUAAUAUAACCAAAGUGCCACCUGGUGUUCGGGAAAAUCAAAAAGCACCAGUACCAACCUCAGAGAAGAAAAAGGACGUGGUGCCGAAUGAUCUAAACAAAAAGGACGUUAAAACAAAUGAGAAAGUCAAGGAACGGCUUUCCAAGAUUGGAGAACAAGUGGAGGCACAUUCUGUUAAAACUACGUCUAAUACUCCUGGGAAGGAUGUAAAAGGGAAUGAGGUAAAGGUUAAAAAAGAGGACAAACCGGUCAAGACUGUGGGUAAAAGUGAUCUGGAUGCACAGAAGGAACUCCUGAAACCCACAAUCAGCCUCCAAGCCAAAGAGCACUCCAAAGGAGACUUAACUGCUGCUAAAAAAACAGGUGUCCACAAAGUGCUUUCUCUGGAUAUGACUCACUCUCCCAGAGAUGCCAAAGCUGUGGGGCAGUUUGGUCAGGCGGUAAUUGUCGGCAGCGAAGAGGAUGCAGAGGUGAAGAAGAGAUGGAAUGAAGGACACUUUAAUGUCUACCUGAGUGACAAGAUCCCAGUAGAUCGUGCCAUCCCAGACACCAGGCCUGAAUCGUGUCAACAGAGCCUGGUUCACGAUGACUUGCCAUCCACCAGUGUGAUUUUCUGCUUUGUGGAUGAAGUGUGGUCCACACUCCUCCGCUCUGUUCACAGUGUUCUCAACAGAUCGCCACCACACCUCCUUAAAGAAAUCAUUCUGGUGGAUGAUUUCAGCACCAAAGACUAUCUGAAGGAGCAGCUGGAUGUUUAUAUGGCCCAGUUUCCAAAAGUGCGAAUCAUUCGUCUGAAGGAGCGUCAGGGCCUGAUCAGGGCAAGGCUGGCUGGAGCGGCAGCUGCCAAAGGUGAAGUUCUGACUUUUCUCGACUCCCACAUUGAGUGUAAUGUGGGCUGGCUGGAGCCGCUAUUAGAACGAAUCUACCAGGAUCGCAGGAAAGUGCCCUGUCCAGUUAUUGAAGUCAUUAGUGAUAAAGACAUGAGUUAUGUGUUGGUUGAUAACUUCCAAAGAGGUGUUUUCAAAUGGCCUCUGGUGUUUGGGUGGAAUGCUUUAUCUGAGGAGUAUAUUAAGAAAAAUAACAUGACCAUCACAGAUCCCAUCAGAUGUCCUGUUAUGGCAGGGGGGCUCUUCUCUAUAGAAAAGAAGUAUUUCUAUGAACUUGGUGCCUAUGACCCAGGCCUGGAUGUGUGGGGCGGAGAGAAUAUGGAAAUUUCCUUUAAGAUCUGGAUGUGUGGAGGUGAAAUCGAGAUCAUCCCCUGUUCUCGAGUGGGCCACAUUUUCAGAGGCCAGAAUCCCUACAAGUUCCCUAAAGACAGGCAGAAAACGGUGGAGCGUAACCUGGCCAGAGUGGCAGAGGUUUGGCUGGAUGAGUACAAGGAGGUUUUCUACGGCCACGGCUACCACCACCUGCUGGAUAAAAACGUCAUUAACAUCGGCAACCUCACUGAGCAGAUCGAGCUGAGGAAAAGGCUAAAAUGCAAGAGCUUCAAGUGGUACCUGGAGAACGUGUAUCCUGAUAUUGAUGCCCCCUUAGUCAAAGCUGAAGGCCUGGUUUUCAAUCAUGGCUUAAGAAAAUGUCUCAGUCUCAAGAAAGGAUCUCUGUUCUUUGAAACAUGUGACCUCAAUCAGCAGAGUCAGCACUUUAAUUACACCUGGAUGAAGCUCGUUCGCCACCAGCAGACGUGUAUUGCUCCCCAGGGCAAAGACAACAGCGUUGCUUUAUUAUUAUGUGACAACGCCAAACCUGAACUGCGCUGGUUCCACAAAUCUUCCAAUUCAGCUCUGGCGGAGCACUUCAUAGCGAACCUCGUUUCCCACGACAUGUGUCUGGAGGCGGGACCCAAAGGUGACACUCUUCUCCUGAGCCCAUGCACAAAGAACAAUGCCUUCCAGAAGUGGCAGUUCACACAUUACUACACUCAGUGAUGAAAGUGAAAAAUUUAAAGUAGUAGAGCCCUUCAGCGAGCCCACUCUUCAAUACGAGGUGUGGUCCGGCUUUGGAUGCGGGAAAUGCUUUGGUGACAGUACUGCGGUGGUAAAGCUGUGAGUGUUGUAAGGCUGAGAUGAGGGUGGGGAUGUGCAAUGUACAUGAUGUCCUUUUUUUAAUCUAAUGUGAUCAUGGCAAAGAAAGGAACAAGACCAGGACCAGGUUCCAGGUUUAGUCGUACAACAUAUCAUUUCGCUACCAAAGAUCGAAUAUGAAUAGUGCCUCUUACAUUUGAAGUGAAAAACGUUUUAUUGUGUGCUGGGACUGAAUAAUGAGUUGAUUUGCAUGUUACAUUGAAAAUUUCUGCUUGUAUGAGACUUUUACAUAUUUACAGUGAUGCAUCUAGAUUUCUAGAUGGCACUUACUUCAUGUUUCUCAUUUUGAUGAAGCACUCAGAUUAAUGGUUGCUUCCGUUCUUUAAAUGCUGCAUUAUAUUGGUUUGGGUUUCAGGUUGUUGAUGUUAUUUUUUUGUAAAAACUGUCUCCAUGUAUGAGUUUCUUUUUGUCACUAGGGGGAAGUAUUGUUUCAAAACACUCUGUAAAUCUGUGCUGUUAUUUAAUGAGUAUCUGAACUGUUGUCAAAUUGAUACCAAAUCAUUUUCUUAAGAAAAUAGAAAUAAAAUGCAGAAGAUUUUCGGCAUGAA